GGGGAAGGGGUCCUGCCGCGGGUCCUUCCGGGGGUGACAUUCAGCCGGUGGUUCGGGGAGAAGUACCUUCCACCUUAGAUCAUGGCCAAGUUCGUCCGCAGCUUCGCGGAGAAGGCACCGUCGAUGGUGGCCGCUGCCGUGACUUACUCGAAGCCUCGAUUGGCCACAUUUUGGCACUAUGCCAAGGUUGAGCUGAUUCCCCCAACCCCUGGUGAAAUCCCUACAGCUAUUCAGAGCAUGAAAAAAAUAAUUCAAAGUGCUAAAACUGGUAGCUUCAAACACCUUACAGUUAAGGAAGCUGUGCUGAAUGGUUUGGUGGCCACUGAGGUGUGGAUGUGGUUUUAUAUCGGAGAGAUCAUAGGCAAACGUGGCAUUGUUGGCUAUGAUGUUUGAAGACCAAUCUUUAACUUCUGAUUUGUGUUCUUAUUUGAAUGUUCUUGGACCAUGUGUAACGGGACUGCUAUCUGAAUAAAAUACUAGCUGUCAAAUGCAGUGUUUCCUGUCA